AUGGCGCCGGUCCCGCCGUCCGCGCUGUGGUCGCAGGUCGCGACGCGCGCGGGCGGAACCGAGGACGAGGUCCAGAGGGCGGUGCUGAGGGCCGCGGGGUUUGAAUGGGACGACGCGACCGGCCUCCUGACCGCGUGGCCGUCGGACGGCGCGAUCGCGCUGACGCCGCCGAGACCGCGACCGCAUCCGCGCGCGGCCGCGAGCGAUGUCGUCGACCUCAUCUCCCCGGAGGACGCGCGGCGACGACAGUCCGCCGUGGCCGUCGCCGCGACGCGCGCGCCGUCGCCGUCGCCGUCCUCCUCCUCCUCGCCGCCGCCGCCGCCGCUGCGCGCGCGGCUCGGACGCGCGACGACGACGACGACGAUGGCGACGACGCCCGUAGAGGUGUCCGUGGUGUCGUCGAGCGAAGACGAGGACGAGGACGACGACGACGACGAGGUCCCCGCGCGUCUGACGCCGCCGCGAGGAGGAGGAGGAGGAAAGCGUCCGCGUCCCCGCGACGCCGCCGCCGCCGCCGCGUCCGCGCUGCUCACCUUCGAGGAUAAGAUCGGUCUGUGGAUCAAGUCGAAGCCGGAGCUGUACGACCGCGUGCUGCUCAUGGAGAGCGUCGACGUCGACGACGUCCUGCGCGCGAUCAACGCGGAGGUUGCCCCGUCGACCGGAGGAGGAGGAGGAGGAGGAGGAGAAAAAAAAACCAAAACGUUUGGCGUCGGCGCGCGCGUCCCGCGGGCGAGGCUGCUCGCGUACCUCGACGACGAGGGCGUCGCGUUCACGCAGACGAAGAGUCGGCAGGCGAAGGCGGCGAGGUACGGGAACGCGCGGUUUUGA